GUCCCAUCCAUCCACUGGCGAUCCAUUUUUAUAGCUGGGCAAACAAGAAAAGUGGAAAUUAUGCAGCCUGCUAACUGGAUGUCAACUCUCGCACUGGUGCUGGCCUGUGCCUGUCUGGCAGCAGCCGAUGGCGAUGACGAGGAGAUGACCAUGUCACUGGACGAGGUGGUGGAGCUAAUCGAACCGUUUGGCGAAAGCUGUAAGCCCCAGCCGCAGCGAGAGAACAUUGUGGAGAUGAUCAAGAACACACAGGAGGCCAAAUAUGAGACAAAAUGCUUCCGCCAGUGCAUGCUGGAGCAGUUCGAGCUGAUGCCCGAGGGCCAGUUGAAGUUCAACGAGGACAAGACGCUCGAGAUGAUGAACAUGAUGUUCCCCAACCAGGAGAAGGAAUCACCCACCAUAAUCAAGAGCUGCAACGAUCAAGUAUCGAGCAAAGACAAGUGCGAGGCGGCCCAUGACAUAUCCAUGUGCAUGCUGGGCGCGAUGCGACAGCAGGGCUACAAGAUACCCGACAUCAAGGAGUAGUCCAUUGGGGAAACCCUUCCUCCAGGCGUUUGCUCCACACAUUCUUUUUUUUUCUAGUAUUUUUUUUUUUCGUUUUUAUUGUUCGUUUAAUUUUUAAUUAGAACACACACAAUUCGAUGUGGUCCCAGACGAGAAAUAAAGCGCCCAGCCAUAGCCA